GGAUAGACGAGGUCUUUUAACACGGAAAAGACGAGUAAGAAAAAGACUCUGUUCUUUCGAUAUUCUAAGAUCUUGAGAAAGAAUUUAUCGCGAAUUUAAUGCUCGCAAAAUAUGCCUCCGAAGAAGAAGAAAGAGAUCGUGCCGACAAAAGAGGCUGUGCAGGAGUUGGAACGUACUGAACCAGAGCCUGAAAUCGUGGAAACAGCCGAGCCUGAACCCCCGAAACAGGUGUCCUUGCUCACUGGUGAACCCUAUGGACCUCGAAUUCGUCUUGUUAGCGAAAAAGCCGAGGAAGAGAGCUCGGACGACGAGCCAGAGUCCGAGGACGAGGAAGAGGCGAGAUAUCAGGAAGAUCACCCGGAAGUGCCUUCCGAAUUCUGGCAUAUACAGAAACUCAUCAAGUAUAUGAAGGCUGGCAAUCAAACUGCCACCAUGGUGUCCCUGUGUUUAUUAAAGGAUUAUGAUCUCACCGACAAGAUCAUACAGAAGGCUAUUCAAGAAAUGGGAGGUCUCGAAGUUUUAGUAAAUCUCCUCGAAACGAAUGACAUUAAGUGUCAGAACGGCUCGUUGUCGGUCUUAUUACAAAUCGCGACUUCCACGGAGAUGAAGCGAUAUUUAAUUGACUUGGACAUUGCAACACCAUUAAUACAAAUGCUGAAGCAUCCCGCCAGAGAUAUCCAGAUUUUGGCAGCCGAAACUAUGGCCAUUAUAGCUCGAAUCAGAAAGGCCAGAAAACAAAUUAGAAUUCGCGGUGGAAUACCGCUCAUCCUGGACGUAAUGGAUGUGCCAGACGAAGUUCUUCGUCGGUCAUACGAUGAAUUAAGCGAGGCCAGCAAAGAACUCGUGGCCGUCGCCAUAGGUUGUGCCAAGGUUUUAGAUUCUUUAGGCAGCAGUCCGAAGGUCAAGGAGGAACUUCGUAAACAUGGCGUUGUUCGCUUGAUGUCGCGUUUUCUAAAAUCGAAACACACUCAGCUAAUCGUACCCACGAUGGGCGUCGUACAGCAGUGUGCUGAUCUGAAUGUUUUCAGAGAAGCAUUUGAGCGAGUGGGCAUCAUCGAGGACUUGGUGCGACAUUUGAAGAACGACAACGUGAAGCUAAAGGAGAACUCUGCCUUGGCCAUCUUCAAAUGCGCUUCUAAUCGAGAAACUCGAAUGAUGGUGCGUCGAGCUGGCGGUCUGGACCCACUUUGCAAACUUGUGCAGAGCGAGGAGGUGCACGCCAAUAAGCGCCUGCUGGCCGCGGUCACCGGUGGCGUCUGGAAGUGUGCCAUCAGCCCCGAGAACAUAAUGAGGUUCAAUCAAAACGAUCUGGUAGCGUCAUUGGUGCCUCUACUUGAGGAAAACGAGGAUGAAAGGGUGUUAGCCAACGUUGUAGGCGCCCUCGCCGAGUGCUGUAAGGAUCCCACUAACAGGGAUGUCUUGAGGAUUAACGAGGGUCUACCGAAACUGAUUAGACUAUUGAGCGCCACGUACGAGCCAUUAUUAGAGAACGUGCCACUGGUGCUGAAAGAGUGUGCCGUCAAUGAGAAAUGCAUGGACAUUAUCAACGACUCGGAGCAUCAGCUGGACGGCGUGCGAUUAGUCUGGUCCCUGCUGAAGCAUCCCAGUGAUGUGAUCAAGCGUAAUGCUUGUCUCGCUCUGGUACCCUGCAUCCGCCACGCCAAGGAUUCCCCUGAGAUGGUGCGCGCCUUCGUGGGUGGCUUGGAGCUCACAGUCAGUCUCCUGGAGAGCAAAGAUACGGAAGUGCUCAGCGCGGUUUGCGCCAUGAUCGCGGAGAUUGCUACCGAUCCUGAGAACCUAGGCAUCCUGACGGAUCACGGCGUCGUGAAGAAAUUGGCCGCUCUCGUGGAAACUGACGACGAGAAUUUGCGCGCCAAUCUGACGUUGGCAAUAGCUUAUUGCUGCGAUUGGGAUCGGAACAGUUACGAAUUUGGUAAACUAAAUGCUGUUGCGCCGCUCGUUAAUUAUAUGACCAGCAAGAACAAGAACGUGUUGAAGGGUGUUUGCAUUGCUGUGUACCAUUUGAGCAAGGAGCCCUUAAAUUGUGUGACCAUGCACACUUGCGGCGUUAUCAAGUACGUAUUGCGCUUGGUGGGUUCGGACGAUCCAGAGGUACAGAUUGCAGCUGCAUCCACUAUUCGUCGCAUAAGAAAGCUUGCGUUAACAGCAGAGAAAUUUCACUUCAAAGAAAUGAAUGCGUUACAGGAAAUUGAUUUCCGUUCGUGAAUAACAUCAGUUAUCAGCGAAAGAUA